GGACGUUUGAAAUCAAACGAGCUGUGUUUGGGGGAAGUGUUAGCCAGCCACAUUUGUAGUGACAUUCUUACGACUUUGUACUUUUAUUUGACCCGCAUUUAUCUUCACACAACAUCGAGACGUUUUUUUUUAAAAGGAGUUAAACGGCGAUAGCGGUGAAAAUUCACCUCGCGGGAACGUUACGCUGAAUAUUUAUGUAGCCACAAACCUCAGCUCUCGUCGACGGAAGGACGGAGGUGCUAGCUAGCGAGGGUGCCUGCUUUAAGAGCUGCUGUGGGCUUGAACUGUGGAUAAACUAUCGGUUGGCUGCUCUCGGUCAUCGUGCAAUAACUUAUAUUUAGGAAAUGGACUCGUCUGCCAGGCUCAAGCAGACAAUGGACAUGAAACUCCAAAGGCCUGAAGUGAAGACAAAGGAUUAUGGGCCAAAGCGGAUUCCUGUGUCACAUCAGUCCCAGACGGCUGUAGUUACACCAACUCCUCACCAGAGGGUCCUCGGCGUGUCAAAUGGGCCCCAACGCAUUCAGCGGCCUAUGAGCCAUCAGAAGUCAGCAUCUCAUGUCUCUGUCGCUGUCAAGUCCGCGCACCCUGCCGAUCAAAAUGUGAACCCUGCUACUCAGGCUGUAAAUCGUGCACCACAACCCCAACCCCAACGUAUUUCCCAGCACAACCAGCAAGACAAAGACAAGACAAAGACAGCCGUGCCCAAGGUGAACCCAGAGCCGGUGAAACCACCGUCAGAACCGGCAAAGCAGGAGAAGCCACAGAACAAACCUACCAAGAAUGAUCCUUCAAACGCCUCUUCAUCAAGCAAGCGGUGGAGCCUGGAGAAUUUUGACAUCGGUCGUCCCCUGGGAAAGGGUAAAUUUGGCAAUGUCUACCUGGCCAGGGAGCGACAGAGUAAGUUCAUCUUGGCCCUGAAGGUGCUCUUCAAGAACCAGCUGGAGAAGGCCGGGGUGGAGCACCAGCUGAGGAGGGAAGUGGAGAUCCAGUCUCACCUCAGGCACCCGAAUAUCCUCCGCCUCUACGGUUACUUCCAUGACGCAUCUCGUGUGUAUCUCAUCCUGGAGUUUGCACCCAAGGGUGAGCUGUACAGUGAGCUGCAGCGCUGUGGAUUUUUCCCUGAGGCCAGAAGUGCCACAUACAUCAUGGAGCUGGCAGACGCCCUCAACUAUUGCCACACCAAGAAGGUGAUCCACAGGGACAUCAAACCAGAAAACCUUUUACUGGGGGCCAACGGGGAGCUGAAGAUUGCAGAUUUUGGCUGGUCUGUUCACACACCCUCCUCCAGGAGGUCCACGCUGUGUGGAACACUGGACUACUUGCCACCGGAGAUGAUUGAGGGAAAAACUCAUGACGAAAAGGUGGACCUGUGGAGCCUGGGCGUCCUUUGCUACGAAUUCCUGGUCGGAAAACCCCCCUUUGAAACAAGAAGUCAUGAGGAGACCUACCGCAAGAUAUCAAGGGUGGAGUACACUUACCCUGCACAGUCCAAUAUCACCGCUGGAGCCAAAGACUUGGUUGCCAGGUUGCUGAAGCACAACCCUAUGCAAAGGCUGCCCAUCCAUGGAGUCCUAUCCCACCCAUGGGUGGUUGAGAACUCCACCAAGAAGCCCACGACUAUGAACGUUGAAGUGCCCAGCGAGUGAGGAGGCAGCCUUUUUGUUCGCCUCCACCCAACACCUGAGGUCUGUAAGUGUGAGGACAGGGUAGUGCUGAACAGACUGGACAGAGGAGUUAAACGUGUGUGUGUGUGUGCACCUGAUUUGUCACAGCCUGUCUGUACUACCAUAUUGACUGCAAAAUCACUUCAUGAGGAUUAUUUCUGCAGGCAUCUCAAGCCACUUGGUUAUCUUUUGGUGUCUUUUAUUAUCUUCUUUUUCCUUUCCUCGUCUCACCAGUGGCAUUUCUAUUGCCUGUAAAUAUUUCACUGUUUUUGUGUAAUUAUGAAAAUUUUAUCGAGCUUUUCUAGAAUGCCAUUACUUGAAAUAAAAGAUAACUUAUCUUCCGCCGGGAAUAUAUUAAGCAGCAUA